AUGCACUUUGUAUCAGCGUCCCAGCUCCCCUGCACCGCCCCUCGCUGCUGGUCUUUCGUGGUCCACGGUCGGGGAGAAUGGAGCCGGCGGGUCCGAGCGCCGGGCUCUGCUUCCGGAGAAGGCGGAGCCCGGGCUGAGGGGCGGGGGCGGCCCAGCCUCCCUCCGCCCGAGCACCGCCGGCUCAGGGCCCGCGCUGGGGGUCGGAGAGCGAGGAGAGCAGCGUACACAAGCUCUGAGACGAACGGCAAGUGUCUGAGGACAGUCGGAAAAGUGUGUUCCUACCGCGCAGCCGUGCCGGGGCUCCUGGGCGUGGCCUCGGAGGGGCAGGGCUGGCCAUCGGGCCCCGCCCCAAGCAGCGGCCAGGCCCCCCGCCCACCCCGGUCCUGGGCGAGUGGGAGCCCCGCCUGCUGUGGGAGUCCCAGACGCCUGUCUUGGAGGAAACCUUCCUGCUGUCCGGGAAGUCCCAUCUGGACGGGCAGGGUUGGACGAAGACCUCUCCAAGCAGCGCCCCGUGGACAACGAGGGCUCAGGCCUGCUCUCCAACCGCAGGAAGCCGGGCGGAGCUCUGCCUGGAGGGCGCCGGCCAUCCCGGGCGUGGGCCGUGGGCCCCGAGGAGGUGUGAGGUCCCCCGUUCAGAUCCCUCCACCGCUCUGUUUCCAGCUUCCUCCUCCUUUAACACCAGGGCCCAGACUUUCGGCCACUAGCUUUAGGAUUCCGAAACGAAAAGGAAAUGGAGGCAGAAGGGCCGGUUGAGAGCGUGGAACAGGCGCCCCGAGAGCCUUUCUGCGCCACCUCCCACCCAGGACUUUACCGGAAGCUGGCUGGCUGGGAUGGAGGGUGAGGUGAAUACUUCCGCUGAAUGAUUAAAGGAAAAAAAAAUUGUUGACCUAGCGUGCCCAAUUCAUGAGUUUUAAGCACAGAGCUUUGAUGAAUGUUUGUGUACCAAUAAGUUUGUGUAACCACCACUCAGAUCAAGAUAUAGAAUGUAUGUAGCCCAGAAGACUCCCUGCCUUGUAGCUUUUGCAUCCCACCCCCAGGUCACCACUAUUCUGACUGGAGAUUAGGUUCCUCCUUGAA